CCUGUAUACAUCACAUGACGAUGAAGUUCCUCUGCCUGGUUCUCUUGCUUGUCCCCGCCUGUGUUUUGUGUGAGUCGGCCUGUGACCGGCUGAACCUGGUCAGCAGGGAUGACUGGGGCGCAAAGCCGCCCCGGGCCCGCACGCCGCUCAGCCACCCCGUCGGUAAGCUUGUGAUCCACCACAGCGACGGCUACUGGAGACACCUGUCCAACUGGGGCGGCUACACCGACCAGGAGGAGUACAUGGCUAGGGUCAGGGAAAUCCAGGAGGACCACAUGGAACAAGGCUGGGACGACAUCGGCUACAACUUUCUCAUUGACGGGUUCGGAAACGUGUACGUCGGACGAGGAUGGGACAAUGUGGGAGCCCAUGCACCCUGUUGUAACUCCGAUUCCAUCGGCAUCAACUUCCUCGGGUACUUCGAAGACGAGCUGCCGACCAGAGAAGCCCUGAAGGCCGGGAAGGACCUGAUCGCCUGCUGGAAUGACCUGGAGAUCGGGCCCCACUGGGACUUUGGAGUGCGCUGUCACUCAGAUGUCGGGGCGGCCAGUGGGGAAACAGUCUGUCCAGGUGCAGCUCUAUGCGACUACGCUAAGAGGCACUUCCCCUUCCCGUAUGAUGUAGACGUCAUGCAUGGUAGAUAAAGUGGAAUACUACUACACAUACAGUGUAAGAUGUAACUGAAUUAUAUAUUCUUGUUCGUCUGAGACGAAGUCUGAUAUGCUCCGUAUCCACGAUUAUGAUUAUUAAGUGCGUGAACCAUAAUACAUGUAUCAGCCAUAUGGGGGAGUGACUGCUUCAUUGUGAAGUCUGUUCUCAUUUUGCAGAAUAUAGUAUUACAUUGUACAUGAUUUUCGGUAUCGUUUGUUAGUGCCUUUUCCGCCUCAUAUGAAUUAUGAUCCAGUCGGAUGUGUCAUACUGACAAAGAGACUAGGCAACCGUAUUUCUGGGACACGAGUGACUAACCAACCUUCAUGCCAAUGGUUUAUAAUAACACACGGCGCGGAAAUGCUGAAAGUUUCUAUUCGCUAUACUUUUCCUGUCUCCUUAUGUAGUCCACAUUCCGACCUAUUAAACUAUCCACCGGUACCUCUGAUGUAGAAGGAAUGUUAGCUAUAGAAUGAUAUCGCAUUUCUUUUAAGAACUAAAGUUGAUGGGGUGACUAAUAUCGUUAUUUGUGCGUCACUUGAGUUCCAUGAGGUCCUUCCGGACUUUUUUUCAAAAUCAAUAAAGACUCUGGUAUCU